ACACUUCCGGCGAAGAGACGCUUCAACCUGCUAAUCAAGCUAUUGAAUGAAAAUGGCAAUUUAUAAUUAUGUUUGGGUUGUCUUCGCUUGGGUAUGCGUGCCAAGCAUUUUGCAUGGUGCCAAAGAGACGCCUAUGCCAAAGGACAUUUCUAAAGAAAUUUACUGUGUAGGGUGUGAAUACACAGUGAAAGCUUUGGACAAACUGCUGAAAGUACGAUCCGAAUCAGACACACUGGACAUUCAAGUUGCAGAGGCUAUUGAAGCUGUUUGUGACAAGAGUCACUUCAGUGGGGCAGAAAUGUCUUCUGACAAUCUCUUAAAGGCCUGCAGAUUUUUAACAGAGACACAUGAAGACAUCCUAGAGCCUCUCCUGGUCAGCCAUUACAGCCGCACCUACAUGGCCUCCUAUCUCGACCUGUCACAGCAAGUCUGUGUCGAUCUCACCAUGGCAUGUGUUGGAGUCUCAGGCACAAAGAGAUUCCCAUCACAUCUGGACUCGGAUAUAGAAUUUGAUCCAGAGAUGCAGAGCUUCAGAGUCAAACCAGGACGCAGUCUACGUAUUCCGGAGCCGGUAGAUGCUGGCCAUGAAGAACUGUGACAUGUCUCCCUCCAUCGGCUGUCGUGUCAAUAAUGCAUCAUUGUUUGAAUAUAAGCAUGUAAGUCAAGUUGUCCCUGUCACAGCCUUAACACCAAGAGGUGAAGAUCUGAAGGUACCUCGACUCAUAUAGCAGCAAACCACAGCACCCAUGACCAUGCUUGAUAUCGAAACAUUGCAUUCUUAUGGUUGUUGGAGAAUUUCAUUUUUACAUGGGUAAGAAAUGUUGAUAUUUUUAUCUGUUUUUGUUCUUAAGUGAGAAUGUUCUCCGUUAAUCAGAGGCUUCUUACACACUGUUGUUUUAUAUCGAUAUUUUCUUGUAGAAUCUGGAUGAUAACUAUAUUAUUUUUACACCAUGUACAUAGACAAGACAUUGAAUCAUGUUUCACAGAAGUGUCUGUACUGAAAUUUGUACACAUGAUUGUAUGUUAUAUUAUGAAACAACCGUUUUGUCAGUCACCCAACGAAAAGAGAAAGAAGUCAUCAAGUUUAAAGUCUGGUAUCCUUUUAACAGUAUUGUGUACAACCGUUCCUUCUGUGUAAGGGACUUGAGGUGGUUCCCCCCUUGCCUUCAUGUAUGGACAACAUUAUUAGCUGCCUUCAAUUCUUCAGGGUAAUAUAUCACAAUGUUCACAUACCCUGGCAUCACUGUCUGUGUAAACAUGACUUCUCUGUUGGUAUUGUUUGUGUUAUAGUACACAACUUAGGUAAGGAUUCAGAUAUGCAGUUAGCUCACCGGUAUGUCAUGUCACCGAGUAUUACAGAUAGUGUAUGUUGUCUGGAGGGUAUGAAGUAGAGUCAGGUCCUUAUGCCACAGCCUAUUCUUCGUUGUCCAGUGUGGCAGGUCUCCAUUCUAUGGUGAAAAAUACUUACACACUGUGCCAUGGUUGUCAGUUGGAGUAGGAUAUAUAUAAAAAAGAACUGCUUUAUAUAAGAGACUUGGUAACUGGGGAUGUGUUUUAUAUGAACGGGAUUACCCUAGGGUCCUGAAAAUGGGAGUCAUUUUCACUCCCUCUGUCUUCAUGGGAGUAAUAUGCUUAUAAUAGAGGUCAUUUUUUUCUUUAAAAAGACUUUAUGCUAUAAUGUGAGAAAAUCAAUUCACUGAUUCAGAAGCAAUUACUAAUCAAUCAUACCCAUGUCAGUAUGUGAUAAUGCAAAAUUAUUUUCAAACUGAAAAUUAAAUCAUGUCAAUUUGCAUAUAUAUUAUUUCAAAAAUUAUAUCGAAAUGGCUAGACAAGAUGGGCGACUGAAUGUAUAUAACAGAGAAUAUGUUAACACAUAAUUUGAUCUUAACUUAUUUCUAUUGGUAUCCAAGUGUCAGUGUGUUGUUUUUGAUGGUACUUAUCAUGAGAAUCGGUUAACUUGCUGUUGCAUCACAUCAACCCAGCAGCAAAAUAACCUUAGUAUAUCCAGCACAGACUGCAUAAAAUACUCACCAUUUCUGUGUCAGGGCUUGAAUGUGUUUUUUGUGACUUGAUGACUAUGAUUAUACCCAAUUAGGCAUCAUGCACCCUUCUCUAAUAAUAUGAUUUGUUUAUUAAAGCAUGUCUCACUCAUGAGGAGAGAAUCUCCACCACUACUUCACUACUUCCACCACUACAUCUAUAUACUAUUUAAUUUGUAAACAAUAUAAGUAACCAGAAGAGACCUGAGAAGUUGGUAUUCAAUUUUGUUACAGGAGGGAAGAUUGGUGCCAGGCAUUGCCAAAUAAUCAU